AAAGAUGUUAAUUGCACUAUGUGGUUCAACUAUAUUGCAGGAGUUUGUUAUUCAUCACCUCACUCCAAAGAUCAAAGAUCACUCUUGGACACCGCAACAGUGUGCUACAGAGACAAAUAGAUUACUGACAACCCAUGUCAUAACCGAUGAGGAGAGGAAGCAAUUUAAAAUACCCAAAACCAUGGUAAUUGGAUCUGGGGGUUGGGGCUGCGGAUUGCUAUUUGGUUCAUAUGUGAGUGGGGCUCCUAGCCUUUACUUUGCAGAUGAAAGAGAAAUCACACGUGUGUGGGAUAUUCAAGAUUUUGAAGGAAGCCUUGAAGAUCUCAAACAUGAUGAUAGACAGUUUGCCUUCAUUUGUCGAGGUUCAGGUCAGAACUUUGCUUGAGAAACAUUAUAUGAGUACUGUUAUGCUCACAAAGCGGAAGAUGAUAAUGAGCUCGACAAAGAUGGUCAUUCACUUGAUAGCGGCGAACUUUCACUGGAUGACCAUGUCUUUAUCUUACUUCAUGGAAUGAAAAAUUCCUGUAAGGAUAAAUUAACGGGAGGCUACAUGACUUUACGGCACAUGUCUCCUGAUGGAGUUAAAGUAUUGCAUCCUAUUGUGCAUGAGUCUGACCUUAAGCAAUCUAUGAAAGCUUUGCAAAUACAUCCAGAUGUGCAAGAGAUUGCAGAAAUACUUGGUAUUUUUGAAGAUUCGGACGAAGAGUUGGAUGAUUUUGAAGAUUCAGACGAAGAGUCUGAAUGAAAAAACGAAGAGAAAAGUUACUUUUUGUGAAUAAGCAGAUGAAAGAUGGUUAUGUUGUUUAUACACUGGGAAUUGUCGAGAAAAGUAUGACUCUGUCAUGAAUUAUACAAUUGCUAAUAGC